AAGAUGUCCCAUUUCUCAAGUGAAGACGAGGCUGAAUUGCAGUCCCUGCUUAGACAACUAUUAAAGAGUGUGAAAGAGAAGAUUGCUGGAGCUCCAUCAGUAGAGUGUGCUGAAGAAAUACUUCUUCAUCUCGAAGAAACAGAUGAGAAUUUUCACAACUAUGAGUUUGUGAGGUACUUGAGGCGUUAUAUAUCCAGUGUGCUGGGUAAUGUGAUAGAAGAGGAAGCCGAAAGAUGUGCUUCAGCUGAAGGGCAAGCAGAAGGACUAGGCCACGAUACACUUGUUCAGCAUGUUACCAAAAAGACAAGGGACUCCAAGGAGUACAGGGAAAUGAUGCAUUCUUUAAAGAGUACAAUGAUGAUGGUUGUGGAAUCUUUGAUCAAUAAAUUUGAAGAAGAUCAGAUGAGGAAAGAGGAAAUGCACCGGAAAACCCAGCAUGGUAGUGGCCACUACACUGACAACUGUUCAGACAGUGAUUCAUCUUUUAACCAGAGUUACACAUUCAUGAAUCAAGAACAGCUGCAGAUUAUUGCUGAAAGGCUUGAUCCUAGCCAAACAAAGGAGGUGCAACAUGAAGCCUUACAGACAUUGUGCUGUGCUCCUUUGUCUGAUGUUUUAAAUUCCGAAAGCUGGUCAACCUUACGCCAGAAUCUUGUAGUAGCUCUUCAGGACCCUGAUGCUACUUUUAGUGUAUGGAGUGCACUUUUCAUCACUGGACUUAUGAUGAGAAUAUCAGACCACUCACAUUUGCAUGCACAUGUGUGCUUGGUACAAUUACAUUUUGAGACGCUGGCUACAGUAAGUGCUAAAAAGCACUUCUUACAUGAACUGAAAGGUUUAAAAAAAGAAGAUGAAAUGAACUAUUUUAAACUGUACCAAGCAAUAUUGUAA